CUGUAGCAAUAUCUUCAAAUCCUAACGAGUGGCUACACAUUCUUUCUGUGUCUUAAUUAUUCAGUAGUUAAUUAUAUUGACAACAAAACAUGACCACUCCUUUUGUUUUCUUGCAUUUGGAAACAGUAUCUAUCUCCCAUCCUUGUUUCUUCUUUUUCACCCUUGUCAUUCUUUGCUUGUUUUGGUUCAAAUUUUUUCUAAAGUGCUGCAUCGAUAGGUAGAUGAGAACAUAAAAUUAAUGGCUUCCGAAGCUUGUGAAAUGGAAAAACCGAUAGUUAUUGAUCAUCAUCAAGAACAACAGCAGCAGUGCCAGAAGCAACAAGCUUUGAAGUGCCCACGAUGCGAUUCGUCAAACACUAAGUUUUGCUACUACAACAACUAUAGUUUGUCACAACCACGACAUUUCUGUAAAGCUUGUAAGAGGUAUUGGACUAGAGGUGGCACCUUGAGAAAUGUUCCUGUGGGUGGUGGUUGCAGGAAAAACAAGAGAGUGUUCAAGAUGCUACCGACAGCGACUACUCAUGCUCCUUCCAAUUCACAACCAGUUGACAAUAACCCUAACCCUAACUGUAAACCUAAUUUUGAUAACCAUUCUUCUUUUUAUGGGUUCGUGCCACAAAACCAUAAUUAUGAAAGUUUCAAGACGGUUGUUUCUGGGUGUGAUUUUUCUCAAUCUCAAAGAAGUAAUCUUGGAUUAGGGUUCUCUUCUAUGAAUCAGUCACAUAAUUCAUCGUUAUUUCUAUCAAGCUACCCGUCGUCGGUGUUUGCUGAUUCUACUUGUAGCUCAAAUAGUGUUCCUACCAUGGCUUCUCUGUUAAUUUCAGGCUUCCAGCAACCACAACGAUAUAUGGAAUGGAAUAACCAUUUUGAGGGCAAGAACAACGAUGAUCAAAUCGAAGCUAUGGCGUCAUCUGAUCCAAAUUCACUUAUAUGGAACACCACUAGCGGUGGAGGUGGUGGUGGUGGUGGUGGUGGAUGGUUUGAUCCUACAAGCAAUAUUGAUUCUUCAGUUGCUUCCUUGAUCUAAUUAAGCCCAAUAAAUUAAAACCAACCAAAACGUUUUUCUUCUAAUAUUCUCCUUUUUCUUUUUUACUGUCUCUUUUUUAACUUCUUUUCUUUCUCUUGGAUAAACUUUUAUUUGUUUAAUUUUGUUUUUACCGGAAACUCCCUCUUAAAACAUUUAGAAGAUCAUAGUGGAUCUUCGCCUUCAGCUUUUUCAAUCAAGAAGAAGAAGAAGAAGAAGAAGAAGAAGAAGUUAAUGUGUUCUAGGACAGAAAAGGAAACUGGCUACGUACAAUAUACAGUGAGUUUUAUCUUCCUUCUUCUGUAUAUAAGUAUUAAACAUGGAGUUUGGGGUGGUGAAGAGGGUGUUAAUUUGUUUGUUUUCUCAUUUUGUAUUGUUUUACUUUUUAUGUGGAUUCAUAUUCUAGGGUUUUCUUUGUUUGGUUUCAGAGGGAAAGAAUGAGUAUACACGUAUACAUGAUAGUAGAUGUUAGGUUUGUUGGAAUUUAUCACUUCUUUAGUGUGGUUACAUGUUGUUAGUUUUUUAGCUUUUAUCUUGAAAUUUCUAUAUAUUUAUAUUUAAUGUU